AACGGUGGCGGGUGGUUGUGCCUGCAUCCCUGGCAUUCCCGGCUCACCCGGCAUUCCCGGCAUCGCCCCCUCGGCGGCGGGGCUUGGGAGAGCGGCGAGCGGCUCGGCGCGGUGGCACCGUCCCGGGGAGAAGUGUAUAGCUUAGUGUUAUGGGUGAUACAGAAGAAGCUAAAAUGCAGAUAGCACCAGAAACUCCAGGACGAGUCACAAUCCUGAAUCCUUUUGAAAGUCCCACUGAUUACUAUACUCUUCAGGAGCAGAUUGUUUCCAGUCCUUCCAUUUUUAAGUCAACGAAAUCCUCAUCUACACCAGGAAAAUUCAGAUGGUCUAUUGAUCAGCUUGCUCUAAUAAAUCCCGUGGAAAUAGACUCGGAAGACAUUCGACGCCAAGGAAUGUAUUUGAGCCACGCUAGAAUUGAUAAGGAGACAGAAGAAAGAAGGCAAAAAGCUAUUGAGGAGUUUUUCACAAAAAAACUCAUAGUUCCUUCUCCUUGGACUGAACAUGAAAGCAAGGAAGUUUCUCAAUUUAAUUCAACUAAAUCCAUAGAUAUAAAUAACAUUUCUCCGAUUGGAAGACAGCUGAGCUUGCAGCCUGGGAAAAGCAAUGCUGCUUGUCAGACAGUACUGACUUUGCCAGUGGAUUUUAAUUUAGAGAAAAUACUUGGUGAAUAUUUUAGAACUGAUGAAUUUGCAGAUCAGUCUCAGGAAAAUCUAAGCUCUUCAUCACUCAGAAGAAAGCUAUUUUUAGAAGAAAAUGGGAACGUAUCUGCAUGUUUGUCCCCUUCUCUGCAUAGUCCAUGUGGUAGUCAGCCACUUGGAGUGCUUUGUUCAAUAGAAUUAUCUCCAGUCCGGUGCAGAAGCCCCCUGGACACAUCUAGUUCAGCUCAGUUUUCAUCAAGUCCUAUUCAGGGAGGAACAAGAGCUUAUAGUCUGGGAAGUAUAACCAGUCCACCGUUUUCAGAGGGGUCUCCUGCACAUAAUGGUUCUCCUGCUUUUUCACCAAUUGCUUUUCACAUAAGAAAAACACCACUCUCAGACCAAAGAAAAUUUACAUUUCGUUCUCCAGAUAUUCCUUCUUCCUCUAAUAGAAUGACACCCCCAACAAGUACAAGAAGUCCUUACAUAGAUGGUUGUUCUCCAAUUAAAAAUUGCUCUCCUAUGAGGCUUGGAACCUGUAGAGGAACUGCCCAAUAUCAGACUUCUGUCAUUAGAAUACCAAUUGCAGUUGAGAAUCGUGAUGAGGAUGAGGAAGACAAGGAAAGCACUUCUUCAGCAGAAGCUGGGUUUCCAGAAAUGGAUAAUGGAAUAAACUUACAUCAGGAAGACAAUGAUACUUUUGCACAUGGUACACAUCUUGUGGUGGCAACUGUGUCUAUUGCACCAGAUCACUCAGAAGGUUGUCAUCAAAGGUUGUCAUCAUUUCAGGAUAUAGAAGGCUUAAAGGAAAGUAAUACUGUAGACAUGGCUGAUGCUGCUGAAGUAUCAGAGGGAAACACUUGGAUAAAAGAAACAAUUGGCAGUAGCAAUACAGCAAUGACCAGCUUUAUGACAGGCAUUACUUUCAGUAUUGAAAGCUCUCGCAUGUGCAUGUCACCUCUUGCAGAAAGCAGUGCGAUUCCUUGUGACAACAGUAGUAUUCAGGUGGACAGUGGUUACAAUACACAGACUUGUGGAAACAGCAUUAUGGAUACUGCAGAGGCUGAAAACAGUUGCAAAGAAAAUGAUGUGAAUACUGUUAUGUUUCAGAAUAAAUCUCAGCUGCUCAGAACAAAGGAGUGUUCUGUUUUAAGCCAUAAGGACAAUCAGUUGCUGAGAACAAAAUCUCCAGAGAAGCAAUCCUGUUUUCAUAAAGCCAAAACACAUAGCACAGUAUUUGGUCAAAAUGCAACUUGCAACAUUUCUGCUUGGAAACAUAAAAAUGAAAAUCAAGUUCAGGGAUUUCACAAAACUGUUCUGAGGUGCUAAAGAGAACGCAGAGAAUUCUGUCAGACUCUCAAACCUUCCUUA